AAUUUCCUUUGAUACAUAAAGUAAAGCCAACUAGACUAGAGGUAGAAAUCUAUUCAAUCCGACUCGUAAUUACUAGCCAAAACUCCGUUCUAAACUUCGGAACACAAAUCAUAGACAAUACGUCGAACCGAAAUGUCUCCAGCCAGUAUUUAUCCCGCCCUCACUGAAAGCCGAGCGCCCACCUCAGUUCAGGAAUUGCCGCGCGCGCGACCAGUGAGCUCACAACGCACCGCGCCGACUACGAAAUUUCCAAACGGAAUUCUUUUUUCAAAUACUUCUACGAACUGUGAGUGCGUGUUUUGUUUUUGUUUCUGUGCUGCUGCUGGCCGGUAAUAAAAAAGUGGAUAUUUGAAUUCGGAAAGCAGUUUAAUACAAAAGCUCGCCCUUUAUGGCGGUUUGAAGUUUGGAUUGUGGCGGCAAAAAGUUUUCAUGGAAUGCAGACCUGUGAUGCGCAUCCAAGAUGGCUGACUCGUGGCCGCGUGAGCUGCGCAGGCGCCGGCCGCUGAGCGACGAGACCUGAGCGCCAUGCGCAGCGCAUAAGAUGGAGUACGUGUCUGCCCUACCUACCUAUGUGGUGCUGGGAGCGAACGACAGCAGCGCCAUCUUGGAGGAAUACGACGACGAUGAUGACCCCGACGCAGUCACGCUACUGUCCAUAUUACUCGUUGGCAUAUUCCUCUCCCUCCUCAUAUUCCUGAGCGUGGCCGGCAACAUCCUGGUCUGUGUCGCCAUCUACACCGACCGAGGGUUGAGACGCAUCGGCAACCUGUUCCUGGCGUCGCUGGCGAUUGCUGACAUGCUGGUGGCGGCCGCUGUCAUGACCUUCGCUGGGGUCAAUGAUCUGCUUGGCUACUGGGUGUUCGGCGAGCAGUUCUGCGACACGUGGGUAGCGUGUGACGUCAUGUGCUCCACGGCGUCCAUCCUCAACCUGUGCGCGAUCUCGCUCGACCGGUACAUACAUAUUAAGGACCCUUUACGGUACGGGCGCUGGGUGACGCGCAAGGUGGCCAUCGUGACCAUCGCCAUGAUCUGGCUGCUGGCCGCCCUCAUCAGCUUCCUGCCCAUCUCCCUGGGGCUGCACAGGCCUCUCGAGGAAGCGGAGACGGUGACGCUCCAGCCGCCGCGCUACCCCACCUGCGCGCUGGUGCUCACGCCCACCUACGCCGUGGUCUCCAGCUGCAUCUCCUUCUACCUGCCCUGCAUCGUCAUGAUCAGCAUAUACUGCAGACUGUACUGCUACGCGCAAAAGCACGUCAAGUCCAUCCGGGCCGUCACCCGAACAGUCCAACUGCCGGACAACCGGAGCAAGUCAGUCCGCACCCGCGUCCACACGCACGUGCACUCGUCCCCGUACCACGUGUCGGACCACAAGGCCGCCGUCACUGUGGGCAUCAUCAUGGGAGUGUUCCUGCUGUGCUGGGUGCCUUUCUUCUGUGUGAACAUUGUGGCGGCGUUCUGCAAGACUUGUAUACCUGAUUUGGCGUUCAAGAUCCUCACGUGGCUCGGCUACUCCAACUCGGCGUUCAACCCCAUCAUCUACUCCAUCUUCAACACAGAGUUCAGAGAAGCGUUCAAAAAGAUCCUGACUUCGCGAUACCCCCCCUGCUGCGGCUACCAGAGCGUCCGCGCUAACACCCCGACAAGAAACGACAACUUCGUCACCGACUACGGAACCAAGACCCUGGUGGUCCACAGAAGCGGGUCUCUAGGCCUGUCUGGCGUGGACCCUACUCCAAGGUCCUCGGCCGAGUCGGUGAGGCCGCUACGUGAUCAUCAUUUUUGACAUGAGGAUGCUUUAGACAGGAGUGAAGUGGUGUGAGUGAGAGACCAGGGUGAGAGGUGCGGUGGUUAAAAGCAAUAAGUUGGAUUGGCUUCGGCUGGCUUGGACUGGGGUGAUUUUUGGCUAAAUUAUAAGAUGAAAGACUAAAAUAUCAAUAGAUGCCUGACACUAGGAACCACGAUACUUGAUUUACGCGCAAGGAGGUGCCGAAUUAGGCACGGGCGGAAUAUGUCAAAACCAUAGACUAAUUAGUGUAUUAGUCUAUGGUCAAAACCAAGCAAAGCCAUGGUACAGUGCGACAAACUUAUUUGUUCCGGUGAGAGCGAACUAAAUUGAUGCAUAUCUCAUAACUUACUAAUGAAUUAUAUAUUGAUAUAGAUUAGAUGGGU